AGGACACCUUGUACACUGACUGUAUCAUUUGGCUGAGCAAAGCUAGCUCAAACAUUUACUUAGGAACCUAAAGGAGAAAGAGUUAAAAAAGGAAAACGAAAACAUCCUGACGCUGACCUUGAUGUUUACUCUUAUUUUCAAUGACCAUUUCGAUGUAGGUUGUAGAUGUUACGAGGCUGUGCAGCGAGUAGGAAAUCUCGUCACUACCGUACAGAUGUGGAUACAGUAGCUACUCUGGAUCCAUAAUCCAUCAUCAUCUUCAUAAUCAUCUUCAUCUCCAUCAUCAUCACAUUUUUAUUUCAUUUGGGAUUGGAGCACAUUACAGACCCCGAGCGGAUGAUUUACAGCCUGAGCAAUCCGUGAACUGAAGGCUCUGCCAGGAGGCCUCGCUCAUUUCUUACUUACACACUCCUUUUUUUCCCCACUGUGGGGGAAGAGUCACAAGCCCAGCUGCUUCAGACAGGUGGGACAGGGAGAGUGAGGGACAGUGUGUGGGCGAGAAAAAGACAGGCGCCUAGUUGCCAUUUGAGGUCCUGUAUACUCAUCAGGACGGCCACGACCUUUGCCAUCUGAUCUCAUCACGAGCUCCACCCUGCCCCCAUCACCACCCAGCCAAUCACAGCAGACAUGGGGAGGAAAAAGAUCCAGAUCCAGCGAAUCACAGACGAAAGGAACAGACAGGUGACGUUCACAAAGCGCAAGUUCGGCUUGAUGAAAAAGGCCUAUGAGCUGAGUGUGUUGUGUGACUGUGAGAUUGCCCUCAUCAUCUUCAACCACUCCAACAAGCUCUUUCAGUACGCCAGCACCGACAUGGACAAAGUGCUGCUCAAGUACACAGAAUACAACGAGCCUCAUGAAAGCAGGACCAACGCAGACAUCAUAGAGGCUCUGAACAAGAAAGAGCACCGGGAUUCGGAAAGCCCGGACCCUGAGGAGCCCUUCUCGCUCACACCUCGCACUGAGGAGAAGUACAAAAAGAUAGACGAGGAAUUUGAUAAAAUGAUGCAGAGCUAUAGACUGUCAUCUACAGUGCCAGCACCCACUUUCUCCAUGCCAGUCACAGUGCCCGUGUCCAGUCAGAGUCCUCUGCCCUUCAGCAAUCCCAGCAGCCUUGUUACCACUUCCUUUGUCACCUCUACGCUCACAGACCCUCGCCUGCUGUCACCACAGCAACCACAGCUCCAGAGGAACACAGUGUCUCCUGGUCUGCCACAGAGACCGGCCAGUGCAGGUGCUCUUUUAGGAGGUGACCUGAAUAACUCAAAUGGGGCAUGCCCAAGCCCAGUGGCUAAUGGCUACAUCAGUGCCAGGGCCUCCCCAGGCCUCCUGUCUGUCUCCAGUGUCUCAAAUGGUAAUAGCAUGGGGAAAGUAGUCCCAGCCAAAUCUCCUCCUCCGUCCAGCCCUCAGAUGGUGAGCAGUCGUAAGCCGGACCUCCGCGUCAUCACAUCUCAAAGCAAGAAUCUCAUGCAGCUGACAGAUGAGGAGCUGGAGAUGGUGACUGAGAAUGCUCAGCGGUUAGGUGCCUCCCAAGUGACCCAGCCUCUAACUACUCCAGUGGUUUCCGUGGCAACGCCCAGUCUCCUGACCCCAUUCUCUAUGCCAACUGCCUACAACACAGAGUAUCAGCUGACGAGUGCAGAUCUCACAGCUCUUCAGGCUUUCACACCACAGGGUGCGCUGUUGCCGAGUAACGUGACCACUUGGCAACAGCAGCAGCCAUCAGUAUCACAGCAACCGCAGCAGCAGCCAUCCAUAUCCCAGGCCCAGCAACAGCAGCAGCAACCACAACAGAUCAGCCUGGCCUCACUCAGUAACCUUGUCAUGUGGGGUGCAGACAAACAGAACGGGGAGAUGGCUAACUGCAUCUCCGGUCUGGCCGCUAAUGUCAGUGUGACUUCUCAGGCCAGCUUACUCUUGGGCAGGGAGGAUGGGCUCAGCUGGCCAGUGGGUCCCAUCCCUCACGGCGCCACUCUGACGGUGAACACUAACCCGAGCGUGAGCAUCAAGUCAGAGCCGGUGUCUCCUAACCGUGAGCGCACCACCCCAAUCUCCACAGCAGCUCUCUGCGUGUCCCAAUACCCAGGGGCCUUGAGGAUGGAGGCCCGCUCGCCACUCCACACCAUCAGCGGUAGUAACAGCGAGCGAGACGAGACAGGCCAGCCACGGCCUCCGGAUUUCAGUGCGGCUGCACUGGGGCCAAUCAGAGCAGCAGGAGAGCAAACGGCUUCUGCAGAGUCACAGGAGGGGGCUAACAUCAAGCGCAUGAGACUGGAUGCCUGGGUCACAUAAAAAUAUGCGAGAGCCACCCUAUGUCUCAUACACACAUUACACAUACAUAUACAAACACCACACAUACACAUUUUUCUCCGACACAGUUUCAUCUGCAACCAAGACACAUGCAUGCAACACACUCUUUCCUUGGCCUUUUUUCUGUUUUUCUCUUUCUCUCGCACACACACACACACACACACACACACACACACACACACACACACAGUUUCUGCAUAUAUAUAUAUAUAUAUAUAUAUAUAUAUAUAUAUAUAUAUAUAUAUAUAUAUAUAUAUACACACACACACAUACAUGCAAGAUAGUAAUGAACAGAGGCCAAUGCAGGUGCACGUGCAAGCCUAAAGUGCUGAUGGUUCUGAGCAUGUUUAGGAUGGGACAAUUGUUAUUUCUACAGAGCAGAGAAGAAAAAAAAUGCCAGCUUUACUGACCUCUAUCAGUCUUUUCUGUCCUCAGCGCUGUCUCCACACUGACACAUUUUCUGAUCCAUGUUCGGUUAAACCGCUCAGACAGCCAAACACAGGCUGUUCAUUGUGGGAUGUAGAAUUGUGGUAUCAGCCGCCAAGAAGCUGAUAUCCAGGUCAUGUUAUUGUUUGAGGUUUUUUCCUUUUAUUUUUUUAGUGUGUGUGUGUGUGUGUGUGUGUGUGUGUGUGUGUGUGUGUGUGAGAGAGAGAGAGAGUGAAGGCUUGUUUUUUUUUUGUUUUUUUUUUGCUGUUUAUUUUUUAUAACUCUUCUCUCCUCUAAUUAAACGUUCUUCUUCUGACUAUCAUGCUCAAACAGCUGUAAUACUGACUUACAAGAUAUCCGAUAUUGUUGCAUUUUAAUCAUCAGGAUCUGUGUCUUGUAAAUCAUGCAAAAGGAGGAAGUUUGAAUCUCUUCUAUACAGCUGACCUAUUCGAAGGUUAAACAUAUUUCAGGGAACGACUAUGGUGACUCAUGAGGUGAACUCAGCCACACAAUCUCUUAACGAACAUAGACCUGCAGACAGACUGACAAUAAUUAUGUUUGAGUGUGUACAGAGUGUGACAGAAAUAAUGUGGCAGUGGCCGGUAAACAAACAAGUGCUCAGUCAAUCAUGGGUUCAGAGUUUGUUUCCUCCAUUUCCUCUAUGCUCACUCUGUAUCACAUCCAUCAGCCGUGCACCUAUCCAUGAACAGCUCGUUAGGGUCUCUCGUUGUUUGCAGGAGAGGCGGGAUUUUUCACUUUCUUCACUUUUGUACACACAAGUACGUAUGUUUGUACCGUACGUAUAGUGUAGUGGAAAUGUAGCCCUAUUUGUACGAUUUGAACUCAAGUCCUGAUAUUAAAGACAAAUGUAUAAACGUUGCUCAGCUGAACACUCUGUCGUAAAGAGUGGGUGGCUGUAUUAGUCACUACUGUUAGUGUAUGUGAGAAGCAACCUAAAAUUCUGUAUUUAUUACUUGUAUGUCUGGCUUUUGCUAUUCAGAUGUUUGUUAGUUCAUCUUACAAAGCAAGAUUUUCUUAACUGUUGUUUUAAGAACCCAGAUGUGGUUAAAAGCAAUCUGAGCUGUCCAGGGCUCAAGGUUGCUGGUUUCUAGGCUUUCAGAUCGUGUAAAUAUCCAGUUUUCUCCCCUCCUUGUUUCUGCAGAGGCUCUUGUGUAAUGAGAGGAAAGGAUCGGAGGUCAAACCAGGAUUUCUUGAACUCUCCGCACAUGGGCAUGAGAAUUGUAGAACUGGAGAGGAGUGUAGCUUUGUUGUGAAGCAGGAGAAGCCAGGUGAGGAGGACUGUACAUAGAGAAACGUGUAUGAUUAUACACAUUGUGCUGGAUCUGCCUAAAGCAGAGCUGUAACUCUCAGUGGACGUCUUUCUAUUUCUAUGUGUAAAUAAAUUACCGUGUUGCGAGCAAGCCUAGUAGAGAUGCAGCAAGGGGCACAGACAUAGAUAUGACUGUUUCAGGAUCGAUGCCUUUUUUUUUUUUUUUUUUCUUUCCCUUCCUGUCACUGAUAUUCUAAAGGAGUGCACUUUAAAUCAACCCUCACCGUCCUUCACACAUAUGUUUUACCCUCUUUACUGCUUGACUGUUCUUCAUAAGAGGGAAUAGGAUUUUCUUUUUCCCAGUCACUUGCGCUGCUUACAUUUCCACAUUAGCUUGGCCACUUGGCUUUCACUAUGUGCAGGACUGUCCAUAUUGGUCUAAACCCUGCUCCUUAAACAUAGACACUCCAUCCCUCCUCACAGAAACAGCGUGCACCCUUCAGGGAAGAAGAGCUCAUGUUUGCAGCCCCACAUUUCAUGCCUCGUUUUUUUGACAGUGAACAAUUAUUGAAGACAAAAGUCAAAUUUUUUUGUAAAAAACAAAAAAGAAAAAAAAGAUGUACUUAAACAUAGAUUAGACUUACCUUGACACGUGUUGCAAAUGUGCAAUUCUCGAAAUGCAAAAAAAAAAGAGAUGUCUAUUAUCAAAACAAUAAUGUACAAAAUUGUUUUAUGGUCAUUAGUGUAGUGAAUAAUAGAGUGAAUAGGAUGAAGGAUGUUUCAUUAUUGGUAAUGACUAAUAGGAUGAGCAGCGAUCUCUGGUUAAAGUCUGUGAACAGAAUGGUUUUAAAUAAAUUUGAACAGUGCUGUACAUGUAUUGGUAUUCCAAAUCUGUAGUAACUAUUUUUCAUUUCCCUCAAUUGCUUAGAAAAGAGAGGUUCGGUGUCGCAUACCUAAAGAGAUGAAGUAUUGGUGAUAAAAGUACAGUCUUGCUUUAUGAAAAAAGGUGAAUCAGGACUCACCCUGAAGUGUGUUCAAUCUUGUUUAAUUUGGUUAAUAACUCCAUAAUAUUUUUAUAUAUAUAUAUAUAUAUAUAUAUAUAUAUAUAUAUAUAUAUAUAUAUAUAUAUAUAUAUUAGUCAUAUUCAUGCUCAGGUGAGAUUUGCCUUGCAUCAGUCCCUCCAUCUUGGCAGCUGAUUAUUUCUUUUUUUUUUUUUUUUUCUUUUUUUUUUUUUACCUGACCACCCCCUCCUUUUCUUUCCUAAUGUCUAUCGCUCCCUUUCUUUCGCUGUCCUUCUCUCUUUUGUGUGGCAAGCGGCCAUCUCACUUAAAUCACAACCAGUAGCUCAUACCACCUAGGGAAAACCACACACACACACACACACACUCGCUUAGUACCACCUUGGAUCUGCACGUUGGAACACCUGUAGACUUUACGCCUGAGCUUUGAACAAAUGCGCAGAUUGCUGAACGUUUUCCUGACGUGCAAGAAGUUUGCAAGCUCUGAUAAGGAUCUAAUGGUAAGAGUCAUUGUAUUCAAAAGGAAAGACAAUCGUCACGUGAAUAGUUAACUUUCGCCCCCAUGUCCCCAUGUAUGAUGUUUAGAGAAGCUCAAUUUUUCUAGUGUUAAUUUGUGCUGGUGACAGUUCUAUUGUCUGUUUUAUUAUAAUUGUUAUAAUGGUUAUUCUUACCAUUAUUGUUAUCAUUUUUGAUGGUAAUAAUAAUGAUAAUUUAAAGAUUUUUAUUUUCUGAAUUUUUUUUUUUUGUGUAGGGUAGGCAUCUUAUUUUAUUUGAAUUUAACUUUAUUUUAUUAUAUAUGAAAAACUAUAUGAAUAUCUUUGUUUUCAGGGUUUUUUUUUUGUGUUUUCUUUUUUUUCCUUCAAAGGGGUGUUACUAAUAUUGCACGAUUUAUUAAGACAAAAAAAGUCAGUAGUGAUAUUAGUACUUAUUGGUAAUGAUGGAAGUCGAAACAAGUCGAUAGAGUGACCAGUCAAAUGCUGCAAUUUUUAGUCAAUUGUACAAAACUAUCUCUACAUGUAGGAGAGUAGGGGUAGCCAUUCAUUUAAUUUAUUCAGAUCAGACACAGAUGUCAAUGCAUGGGCGUAAUAACAAGCAAAGAAUGAGUCAUAUUAUAAUAACUGAAAUGUAAUUUCAUUAAGAAUAUACACCACACACACAACUAGAAUAGAAAUCGAAGAAGAAGAAAAAAAAAAACGUUUAAAGAAAAAUAGCUAAUAUAUUGUGUUCUGCUAGUAUGCUUUGAGUUUUGUUGUAAACAAAAGAUAUUUUCUGUUGUUUUCGGAGAAUGAUAUACAAUUUGUGUAUAUUUUCAUAAACAAAGUAUGCACUGAUAUGUUAUUACAAAUUAUAUACUGCUUUUACAAAAAAAAGUGUUUGUUAUUGUACCAAAGUAUCCAUUUGUCCUUUAUGACCUCCUCCCUCCCCCCUUUUGCGUAUGUUUUACUGUAUUUUAUAUAUUAAAUAGACAAGUUGACCUACAAAGAA